AUGUCUCUGUACCGACUUGUACAUGGGAAGUCUUUCCAUUUUCCAGUAGAGCUAGAACAUAAGGCUAUGUGGGCAAUGAAAAAGCUGAAUUCGGAUUCGGGCGCUGCUUCUAGUCAAAGAUUGAAUGACUUGAAUAUGAUUGAUGAGUUUCUCCUAAAAGCCUAUGAGAUUUCAUCCUUGUAUAAAGAGAAUAUAAAAAAGUACCAUGAUCAAAGGAUUGAAAAGCUAGAUUUUGAUGUGGGGGAUCUUGUGCUUCUAUUCAACUCUAGGUUGCGCUUGUUUCCAGGCAAGGUUAAGUCCAAAAGGACCGGUCCAUUCUUACUCAAGCAAUUAUUUCCACAUGGAGCAGUGGAGCUCAAAAUCAGUGAGCGAACAAGGUUCAAAGUAAACGGACAGAGAAUCAAGCUUUAUCUAGGAAACGCAGAGAGUGUUCAAGAAGCUAUUGAGGCCUACUAUCUUGAUGAAGUCUGA